UCGGAUAGCCAGAACAAAUCUAAAUUGCGCCCAACCUCGACCUCCUGAGUGAUACCUGUAGGGCAUUGCGUGGAGUCGGUAGGAGCCCAUGUGUAAAAACUCGAAAUGGUGGAGGGCUUGUAGUACCGGAGAAAGGUAGAGUAUACGGCUGCUGGGCAACAAAAAUGAGGAUCCAAUUUGGAUAUCCAAACCUUUUGAGGAUGCCUCGAUCGCACUUUUUUGCCCAGUGUGCCAUCCGGAAUGAACGCAGCAUCAACAUCAUCAAGGCUUGUUGGUUUGUUUGCUUGACUUGUUGGCUCCUGUAAACCACAGACAGAGGAUCUUUCGUUCGCUGGUUGGAUACUGUUUGGUAUCCUUUCCUCUCCUUCCUGUGUUGCUUGCUUGCGUCGACCUUCGCCUUCAUCAUUGGCCACUGUGCAACUGUGGAUUGAUCCAUUGGGAGCUGUUACUACUCUGGAACCUUCAUCCCUUCCUCCACCAAACCUUUACUCUUGUUCCUUGGUUGCUGAAAGCCUCUCACAAUUCAAUUCGUCUUUCAGACCAAGCACACAAGCAACAGCAACCUUAUUGAAGUAGCAAUCAUGAUUCCUCAGGAAACUUUGACCGAGGAAAAUCUCCAGCAGUGGGAUUCUCAUCAUCAGCCUCUGAAAGAUCCACCAGGAUUGGUACGAGAUGACAGCUAUGCUCGCGGCGACGGCUGGUCCCCCACCAACACCACUUCGGAAGACACGGAAGACGAAGAGAUCCACUUGGUGGAAGGAGGUGACGACGAAGAUGAUGGUCUCUUUAUUGGGGCUACUAGCCACGACGAUGAUGACUCCACCAUUGCCUUCAGCGACAUUAUUCUACCCACUGAAGAAGAAGAUCCAUUCCUCCUCGAAUUGGCGGCCGAAGAGGCCGCUCGAGACGAGGAGCUGCAGAAGGUACAAGUCCCGCAAGCCCCCACUUCGGAUGACGCAAUCUUGUCAUCUACUCCUACAGAUUCCCCAACCGAAGCCCCCAAGUUGGUCCGUCGCGAUGAUCAGGAAGAGCCCGAAUCCGUACGAUUCUCGGCCCAUGUCAUUGUGGCACAUGCCCUGGAACGUAAGCGAGCACAAUUGGCCCAGCUCACUCAGGCACAACUCUUGGCGAAAUUGGAACAGCGUCUACGACCUUACAUGCACUUGCCCAAGAGCCUCCCUCCCCUGCGUCGCCGCAAGCGUCCCAACUGUCUCUUUCUCAAUCAUAUGGGAACCCGACGUCCUCCGGCACCCAAGAAACGCAAAAUGGCGGCAGCCUCUGUUGCCAUGAUGAAGCCCCUCAAGAAGCGAGUCACGACAGCACCUACCCCCACUCAUCAGCAAGAAACAGUGGCGGCUGCUGUGACUCCCGAACCAACUCCUAUCACGGCACCUUCCAGUCCACAACGCGUGGUUGCACCGGUGACUGCCCUUCCUUCUUGUGUGGGUUCUCCCAUGUUGCCCAAGUUGCUCACGGAUUCCAUGUGGCAAGAUGACUUGGUGCAAGAUCCUCCGUCUCGAUCCGAGGAACUCUCUGUCGAGCCACCCGUUCCUUUCCAAGCCGAAGAGCCCUUAUUGGCGGCUGAAAAGCCAUCAGAAGCAUCGAUUCCUGACAAGCCAGACACUGUCGACAAACCACCAUCCGCUGCUCUGGAACAACCUUUGGCUGCUGUGGAAAAUGUCAAGUCGUCGUCGAGUCCAAUCAUGAUGAGUACUCCAACAGCCAAGAAACGAGACAGCAGCAAGCCCAAGGUCGUCAAGAAGAGAAAGAGAGCCAGCACGUCCAGAAGCGAAAACAAGGUCAAGAAAACCAAGCCCACACCAGCAAUGAAUGCUUCCGAGAAGGAGCGUGAAGAUGCCAAGAGAAAAGAAGUCUUCAAGGUCAUCAUGGCGAGUAUGACACCAAGUCCUCACUCUCUGCAGGCCAACAAGAACAACAACAAGAGUCAUCCCAUGCUUCGAAACAAGCCACAAAAGGCCGCGGAUCCACCAGGUGAAAAGCCGGCCGCAUCUGUGGUGACACCGAUGACGACAACAAAAAGUCGCAUCAGGCAAGGCGACAACGAGGAAAUGUCUCUAGCAUCCCUUCACGAACCUUUGGAUCCUUCGUUGGAGAACUCGUUUCAAUACGUCCCCUCGAGGCAUCACGAUGAUGUCUUGUCGUCGUUGGCAAAGGGUCACGACGACGAUGACCUCCUCAGCGCGGCUCACAGCAACCACGAAGAAGAAGAUCAUCAUUUGUAUGACUCCCCCAAGAGCGUUGCUCCUCGUCGUGUUAAAGUCAUGUCACCACCAGAGGAGACUCUCCAGCUACAUGACGAUCUUGAUGAAGACCAUGACGAUCACUCGGGUGAACACUGCCUCCCGAGCAACAACAGCACCAAAUUGAAGAAACAGAUCCCUCCUCCUUCCUUUGUGACAUUGGACACUCGGUCGCUCCCACCAAACGGGGGUCGUGGUCCUCGUCGUUUUGUCUCGAUGGCCCAUCGGCCCAUGCUUUUGUCACCAGAAAUGGACGUGGUCGCGCCUUGCGCCAGGUAUGCGGGAUACGACGAUCCCUAUGAGUUGGCUAUUCCGGACCACGACGAUCACAUGUCGCCUUCGUCUCCUCUAGUCGCCCCAAGGAGGGUGAUCCACAUGUCGUCACCUAAGAUGCCCACGAGCACGAGACCCGAUUACCAGUCGUCGGAACUGUAUUACGCCCGUCGAACGUCCCUGCCGUAUGCUUCCCUUUCGAUGGACUACUGGUCACCUACUUCACCCAAACCAAUUGUCACACCUGAUGCAUUUGCCUCUCCAUACCGCCGAACCAAGGUCUUGCACCCGGAAUCGAUGGAUCAUGGCGACAUGAUGAUGAUGAGUUUGGACGUCCCUCCUUGCCCACCCCUGUUGACGGUGCAUCCUCACGACGGCUACCACUCACCGGUAUCCUAUCGUCGCGUGAUUCGUCAAGUCCCAGCACCCGCCCGUCGCAUGAAGACGGAUGACAGCCAUGUUGCAAGGGCUCCCGAGCCACAACAGAAGUCGUCGACCAAGCCAACGCCAAACAAGUCGACGAGCCCCAAGACGAAGAAACGAACAAGAUCCCUCCCAACCAACAAAGGAGCGCCUAAAACAGCGAAACCCAAUACGAAAAGAUGUUCCAAGAAGACCAGCCAGAUGUCAAUUUCUCCGAGUUCGUAGUCGUCAGACGCCAUCCUCCAUCCUCCGACCUCCAUCUCGAUUGCCGUUCUUCCUUUCGCAAAACCCCGGCGGUCUGGCAAGACUACAUGCAUGUGGACCCUCCCGUGGUCGACGGCAAAUCGAAUCUUUGGGGGCCUCCAAAAGAAUUAUCUGCCAUCUAUAACUCCCAUGUCUCAGUCUCUCUUUGUGGCUUCCCCGUCCGUGCACCAGUGCGAUGCCUGGCUGCUUUGCUGUUCGUCUUGUCUCUGGAGGAGUGGCUGCAAGUCUCUCCCAGGGCCAAUGCACAGCAUGUUUUGAGCGCCGGCCCAGCAUUCUAUCAAUCAUCUCUAUUGUUGUAUCAUCUAUCAUCUAAUCUUUCUUAACUUCCAAAGAACUACAUUCCUUUCACAGUUCACACCAUCUGUCGUCUCUUCCUUCUAGACUACUAGCACCGACACAAUAGCUACUAGCUAGCACCCAAUACCGAAUCUUUUUAAUGGGG